AUGGCAUAUAUGACAAAUGAUGAAUUUAUUUAUUUUAUCAAAAUAACUGAUGAUAGUAAUGAAAAAUAUUAUAUGAAAAGUACAAUUGAUGAACAAAAUCAUACAAUUUUAAUACAUUUAACUAAUUUUAAAUCUAGUUGGGUAGGAGUUCUUGAUCAAGAACAUGUUCGAAUUUUAGCAAAGAAAUUUCCAUCAGAAUCAAAUGACUCAUUUUAUUCACAUACACAACGUGCUUUUUCAAAAGGAAAUAAUACAAACGUCGAUGGAAAAACUUAUGUAUUUACUUGCAAAAAACUUGACAAAAAUCGUCUUGAAUUUAUUUGGAAACAAAAAAUUGAAGCAUUGAGUUCAUUGAAAAUCAUUGGUAGUAUUGAACUUCAAGAACGACCUAAUGAUGAGGUUUUAUCUAAAAUAAUGGAUUAUACUAUUAAUGAAAUGGAAAUUUUACGAUCAGCAGAUGAACAAAAGCGAACUGAAAUUCAACGUAUUGAUGGUCAAUUACAUAAAGCUCUUGAAACAGUUAAACGAACAGUUGAUAUAAAAGAACAAAUUGAAACUGAUCUUUAUCGAAAAGUAAGUUGA